AAUUCAUACGAAGGAUUUCCACCACUUUAUAUAACAGCUGGUACACAUGAAAUAUUAAUUGAUGAAAUUCGUGAUAUGACAACGAAAAUAAAAUUAGCAGAUGUAGAAGUUAUAUUAGAUGAAGGUAAAGGAUUGAUGCAUACAUAUGCUUUAUUUCAUAUGUGGUCACCACAAGGCAGAUGUGUUCAAGAAAAAAUUCGUCAAUGGACUCAAGAAAAAUUGUCAAUUGGAAUGCAAUCAAAAUUCAAUAUAAAUAAUAGAGUGACAAUAAAUCCAGAGUGUAUUUAA